GAGAGGGGGAGAGAGAGAGAGAGCGCACUGGGAGAGUGAGUGGGAGUUUCUAAGUGGGAACAGAACAUUUACUGUUUCAUAUUACACAAAAAGAGGAGAAAGAGGAGAAGAGUUAAUGGUGGGUAAGGGUGCUGGUGAGUCGUGCAGUCGGGCUCUGUUUUGAAUGAGACUGCUUGUUUAAGUGCUGUGCAGUUGUCUGGGUUUAUGGAUUCGCUGACUGUGGAAAAUGUACUUCUCUGUAGUGGUCCUUGUCCUGACUAAGGCUCUGGUCUCAGAGGUAUGUCACACCCUGAAUGUGACAGUGAACCCUGGGCCUGUUGUCACGGUAACAGAGAAAGACAACUUGACACUGUCCUGCCUGGUAUCUCAGAGGAAGAGGAGCAGCAGUGUUCUCAUCCUCCGCUGGUUCUUCUCACCUGUGGCUGCUCCCCUGCUCCCGUCUGCCCCCUCCCCUCCAGCCCCCUCCCCUCCCGGUCUCGAGCCCUCUCACUUUCUGAUUGUGAAGAUGGGCAUAAAGAAAAUGAAGCUGUACGGCAACUACACCCGUCGUUUCCCCCAGCCAAAGUUCCGUCUCUACGAGGAAACGGAGAGCGAGCUGUACCGGUUGCGGAUUUUCAGCGUGACGGGGGCAGACCAGGGUUUCUACGCCUGCAAAGUUCAGGAGAUCCGCAAACACAGAAACAUAUGGAGGGCGUCGUCCAACGGGACCAGCACCACGCAGCUCACAGUGCACUUUACCUCCGAGGACGGCAGCAGUGAAGGACUGUGGCGUUUAUUUGCAGAUGUGUAUCUGUGUGCCGUGCUGAUCUGCUCACUGGGCCUGUUGUCCAUCUUCCUGUUCACUCUGGUUCUCGCCUGCCAGCACUUACACAGAAGACACAGGCUCAAAGCCAGUUACCUUCUGGUCAAGUGUCCAGAAAGCAGCUCAGGAGAGACCGUCACCAGCUCCAGCAGUUCGUCCAGUUCCUCCCCGAGGGCGCAAAGGAAAGACACAAGACGGAACACGGACAGAGGAGUCGCAGCGACACCGCCGAAACUGCCUGUGGAGCCGCCGCCUCACAUACCGGCCAAAGUGCCUGUUGCUGCAAAGAGACCUCAAAAGCCCAGAAGGUUAAAGACUCAGCCGAGGAGAUCUGCAGCUCCUCGGACGACACAGGAGGACAGUCUGACAUAUGCAGAACUGGAGCUGGUGAGACCGAGGCCGGAGCCCCAGGCCUCCUCCAGCCCGGACCCCACACCCGCAAGCUCGGACACGGUGUACGCUCAGAUCCUCUUCCAGGAGAGAAAGCUGUAGACACAGCAGCGUGGUGCCUCCUAUAGUGACGGCACAGAUUCAGCUCCGAGUACAGAACUGAGUGGCGUCAAAAAGGACUAUAUUUAUGAACUAUCACUAUGGCAUUUAGCUUUCGGUUUUUUGGGGGCUGUGAGUACACUACAGCUAUUGGCUAAUGGGGCUUUUGUGUUUCCUCAGUGCAGUUCCAUUCCAGGGCAGCAGUUUUCCGGGGUCUUAUAAUUCAGUUGUUUUGUUUGUUGGCAUCUUCGGCCUGUGAGCCAGAUGUUUAUAAGAAUGUUCUUCUAACUAUUCCGAAUAAACUCAGGAGACCGCGUGGAAAAUAAACUGUUGCCCAGGC